CAGGGCUUCAUCAUGGGCAGGGUUCAAGCUGGUCGUUCCCACCAGGGUUGGUGCGCAGUUCUCUGUCUGUUUGUCAGCUAUGUGUUGUGGCUGUGGCUCAUCAAGGGACUUGGAGUGAUGUUACCAACACUACAAGAGCAAUUUGCGGCCCAAACUUGGCUAGUCGGCUGGAUGCUAUCGAUUAUCACUGCAUUCAUAUGUGUUACUGGUCUUUUUGCUAGGCCACUUGAGGUCAUAUUUGGUACUCGCACGGUGGUGACGGUCGGCGGUUUCAUCUUUGGUGUUUCUAUGAUCAUCGCUUCUUUCUCCACUAGUAUUGUCAUGUUGACAUCAAUACUAGCACUGACAGCUGGACCUGCUCUAAGUGUCGUCCAUAUUCUGACAAGGGCGCUACUCGGGCGCUGUUUUACGACAAAUUAUGGCAUGGCGGUAGGAAUAGGGACAUCAGGAGGCGCAGUAGGCUUGAUAACCGUUGGGCCUUUUACCCAACUGUUGCUGGAUACGUACGGCUGGAGAGGGGCUUUGCUUAUUCUUGGAGGGUUGACCAUGCAUCUUGGGGUGUGUGGCGCUCUCUUGCGUUCAGCAUCGACUGAUGAAACAAAUGACAGCUAUCAGCCGGUGAGCACCGAGCCCAAUGAGGAACCAAAAGUCAGCUCAACAAGUGCCGAGGAGACAGGCAACUUGAAACAGUCAUCACGGCUUGGUGCCUUCAAAGACGCCCUCGGUGCGCAGAUAAAACAUUUUGGAUUUUCGGUUUGUUUCAAGUUCUCAUUUUGGAUCACAGCAGUCCCCUUCAUAUGCAGCCGCUUUGUGAGUGAUCAAUGGAUGAUCUAUUACGUCUCCCAAGCCGAAGCCAAAGGCUUCUCUCCUUACGACGCUGUGACAUUCACCACAGCUGGAGGGGUCGGCAACGUCGUUUUCAGGAUUUUGUUCGGUUGUAUCGUCGAUAAAGGUUGGUUAAAAUUGAGACCGGUGAUCGCACUGAUGAUCACACUGAGUUCCUCAGCUAUGCUGAUAACUCCCUGGAUAAACUCUUAUUGGUUGAUGAUGGUCACUGCAGUUUUCUAUUGUGGCAGUAGUGGAGCAGGUGCUUCACUGAAUGAUCUGUACACCAGGGAGCUGCUUGGACCUGAUCUCUUGGCAUGUGCUUUCGCUUGGAUGGAGCUGGUGACGGCCAUUUUAUGCUUCAGCCUUGGAUUCUUUCCAGGUUGGAUGUACGACCAGACUGGCAGUUUUGAUUGGGCCUUUUUCAUCCUGGGAUGCAUUACAGCUCUAUCGUUGAUGGCGCUGUUGAUGGAAUGUUUCCAGGCGAGAUGCAAGUCCAAGCAGCCGGCUAUAAGUAACCCUAAUUAAACUACAAGAAUGCUGACGCGUGACAUGAAAAAAACCCAACUUGUUAUAGAAUGGAUCAUCUACUCUUUCAUUGCAAUCUGAUGAUUGUGGACGAUAGUCUUAGUUUUAAAAACAAUAACAUGUCCGUGUAUAAAGUGCAUGUUAUUGCGUUAAAUUUGAAAUUCUAAGAUUAAUUUUCAAACUACUUUAUUGGAAGAACGAUAUAAACAGUAUUAGUGCUCAUUUAUAUAUAUUGUUACUUUUUCCUAACAGAAUUAACCAAUGCUCAGUUUAAGAAAAUUAAAAAGCACAAGUAAUACAGUACACUAUAAAAAAGAUAUAUCCACGCUGUAUUUGAUUUUAUAAAGCAGUUUUGAUGUUUCGUUGAAUUACAGUUUUCAUGCAAAUUUUUCUUUUCUUUUAUGACAGAAUCUGGUUAAUUUACACUUUGUUGUAAAAUUAGCACAGCAGAGUAACGUGUUUUGUAAAUAUAUGUGGUUUGAUGG